CUGGAUCACAUUGAACCUGCAUGAGUGUCGCGCAGGUGUUUUGGCCGGACGGUACGCGCUGUGCUAGAGUGGCUAGAGUUUGUUAAAAAAAAAACCCUCACCAUGUCCGAAAACAAAAGACUAGCAGGGCAUAUGAAGCAUUGCCUUUGUGGUAUUUGCGUUGAACGAAGAUGGCAAAAGGCGAAUAUUUCGCGCUCAUAUGUUCCGGAACAGAAGCUCUGUGCAACCGACGACGGAUCAAAAGUCAACGACGACGAUCAACGGAUUCCUGAGACGAAACUACAGGAAAACAAUGUGAACCAAAUCCUUCCACAGACGACCGAUCAAUCUGAGGGCUCCCAAAGCCAGGACUGUGACCAUUCGGACGCCGAAACGUUGGGCUGGGAAGUAGUAGAUGUUCAUCAAAACGAGUACGAUCCCCCCAAGGAAGAAUUUUGCAUUCUGCCAGACUUGGAGGAAAUCUGCCACAAUCUGGAGACUGAAAAGUUGCAAUAACGAAUCAUUGUGACGUCGAUCACAUAGUACCCAUAUGAGAGAAAGACUGAAUUUGUUAACCGUCCCUUACCCAUGGUAGCUUCAGAGCUCCAUUCAAUUUCGACGAACUUAAGAUAAACCGUACCAGAUGAAACCUAUGCAAUAGUUACUACAAUAUGAUUCUUUACUCAUCAGAUUAAUACAAAAGUCAACUAACUGUUUCAAUAGUGAAACUAUCGAUAAACAACCAAUUAACUAAUGAAAAAUAAUCUAUUUUUUUAACUGAUUUCGAAAAAAGUAGACUAUUUGCAACAUUAUUUGUUCAAGCACUCAUGAGAAAGAGAGGGUUGGUUAAAUUACUUUGCCAGUAGGUAGUUACAGUCAGAAUAAAUACUGGAGAAUGGUUCUCUAAACGUAACAUCCUAAA